AUGCGGCGAACAUUUCUCAGCGCGCGGCCGUCGCGCGCCGUUUACCGCGCAUUCGGUAGUCAGCAAUCGCGGCGCACCUUCGCGACGGUGCCUACUAAGGAUGACUCCCCGCCGUCACCGAUUGAGCCGUCUAAAGAGCAAGCGCAUCCUGUGGGGCCUUUCUACGAGGCUAUUCUCCGGACUCCCUGGCCAAAAGCCAAACCAGACGAGCCUUCGGUAGCGUCUCAGCCAACCGCUUCCCAGCCCCCGAAGCAGGCCCCGGAGGAGCAAUCCUCUAAGCCUGCGGAUGAGGAGAAGGCCACGGAGGAGACCGAAUCGGCAGCAGAAGAGAAAGCCGGCAGGGCCACUGCCCGACGUCCGCGCAAACCGAGACAGCCCUCCGCAGGCAAGGACGAGACCACCAACAACUCCAAGGCCAAGUCGGUUCCCUUAUCAUGCUCUUCUAAAGAAGAAGAAGGGUCGUCUAACGACGUACAGGCCCGCGCCCGCAUCAUCUUCGGGUCCCGCCUAGUCGGACCCGCCGAGCGCGCCGAGCGGCUCGCCGCCAUCCGCACCCAGAGCCGUCUCAUUGCCGGUGUACUGGUACCGCCCAAGCCGGAGGAGCCCGACAACUGCUGCAUGAGCGGGUGCGUCAAUUGCGUGUGGGACCGGUACCGCGAUGAGAUGGAAGAGUGGGCGGAGAGGAACGCCGAGGCGGAGCGAAAGAUGAUGGCUAUGGAUGCCGGGGACGUUGUCGGCACUACGGAGCAGAGUAUGGAGUGCAACGGAAACGAGGGAGAGUAUGGGACGCAUGAUGAGGAGGUGGAUAGGGGGGCGGUUACUAUGGAGGAUGAUGGGGGCGGGUCGGUGGGGAAUUGGGAGACGCGUCCAACGACGGCCAAGGGUGGGAGGUCGGUAAAGGAUCUCUGGGACGAGGAGUUGUACAAAAACGUACCGGUGGGGAUUAGAGAGUUCAUGAAGCAAGAGAAGAGGCUGAAAGAGAAGCACCUCCGGGAGGGGACCGUGGGUGGGUAGAAUGUGGGGUAUAGAUCCGGCUUUGAGUCUGCUGUCCAUAGACCUCGAGCACAUAAUGAAUCCUCGCCCCAGAUGUCUCACUCCAGACGUCUGCAGUAAAUGUGGUAUUCUCAAU